AUGGCCCGGCGAUACGUUUGCGUGCUGGCCCUAGUGCCUUUGCUGCUCCUAGGUAUCGCCACUGUCUCCAGAUCCGAGGGCCCGCAGGACAAGGCGCACCGAGAAGCGUUGCGAAUCCCCUCUCUGUUCACCGAAGAGGAGCGGGUCAAGUUGAAAGAGGCGCUGAAAGGUGCCAUUCAGAUCCCAACUGUGUCUUUCGGCCCAGACGACUUCAAUACGACAGCCCUGGCUGAGUUUGGCAAAUACAUCUAUAAAGCCUUUCCUAAAGUAUUCAGCGCCACCUUUAUCCAGCAUGAAGUCGUGGGAGGAUACAGCCACCUGUUCACUGUCCGAGGUUCAAACCCCAGACUGCAGCCCUACAUGCUGAUGGCUCACUUUGAUGUGGUUCCUGCCCCGACAGAAGGCUGGGAGGUGCCCCCGUUCUCCGGGAUGGAACGUGAUGGCUUCAUCCAUGGUCGAGGCACACUGGACAACAAGAACUCUGUGAUGGCAAUCCUACAGGCCUUGGAGCUACUGCUGAUCCGGAACUAUGUUCCCAGAAGAUCUUUCUUCAUUGCGCUGGGCCAUGAUGAGGAGGUAUCAGGGGAACACGGGGCUCAGAAGAUCUCAGCGCUGCUACAGGCAAGGGGUAUCCAGCUAGCCUUCAUCGUGGAUGAGGGUGGCUUCAUCCUUGAUGGCUUCAUUCCCAACAUCAAGAAGCCUUUUGCCCAGAUUGCAGUCUCCGAGAAAGGUAGCAUUAACCUCAAACUACAAGUAAACAUGGCUCCAGGGCAUUCCUCAGCACCUCCAAAGGAAACGAGCAUUGGGAUCCUUGCAGCUGCUGUCAGCAGGUUGGAGCAGACACCAUUGCCUAACAUGUUUGGAGAUGGGCCACUGAAGACAACAUUGGAGCUUCUGGCCAAUGAGUUUCCCUUCCCCACCAGUUUUAUCUUGAACAACAUCUGGCUGUUUCGGCCUAUUGUAAAAAGGUUCUUGGAGAGAAGCUACAUAACCAGUGCACAGAUUAGGACCACCACGGCCCUCACCAUGUUCAAUGCAGGAGUCAAGGUGAAUGUCAUCCCCCCAGUGGCCCAGGCAACAAUCAACUUCCGGAUUCACCCUGCACAGACUGUCCAAGAGGUCCUAGAACUUGUGAAGAACAUUGUGGCUGAUGAUCGAGUCCAGUUCCAUGUGCUGAGUGCUUUUGAUCCCCUCCCCAUCAGCCCUUCUGACGACCAAGCCUUGGGGUACCAACUGCUCCGCCAAACCAUCCAAUCUGUCUUUCCGGAAAUCAGUAUUGUCACCCCAGGUACUUGCAUUGGCAACACAGACAGUAGACACUACACGAAUCUCUCCAAAGGCAUCUACCGAUUCAACCCAGUCUAUCUGCAGCCUCAGGGCUUCAGCAGCAUCCAUGGCAUCAACGAGAAAAUCUCAGUCACGGCCUACGAGACCCAGGUGAAGUUCAUCUUUGAGUUGAUUCAGAAUGCCGACUCCGACCAGAUGCCCAUGCCUCAUGUGCACGAACUGUGA